CUCUGAAACGCGGAGGAAAAAAAGGAGCCAAGAAAAAUGCAGAUCUUCGUCAAAACCCUAACGGGGAAGACCAUUACGCUGGAAGUAGAGUCCAGCGACACUAUUGACAAUGUCAAGGCGAAGAUCCAGGACAAGGAGGGUAUUCCCCCCGACCAGCAACGACUGAUCUUUGCUGGAAAGCAGCUCGAGGAUGGCCGCACUCUCGCCGAUUACAACAUCCAGAAAGAAUCAACACUUCAUCUGGUUUUAAGGCUUCGUGGCGGUAUCAUUGAACCAUCUUUGAUGGCACUGGCCAGGAAAUAUAACCAGGACAAGAUGAUCUGCCGCAAAUGCUAUGCACGCCUGCAUCCUCGUGCUGUCAACUGCCGGAAAAAGAAAUGCGGACACAGCAAUCAGCUGAGGCCAAAGAAGAAGAUCAAGUAGAAUGCUGAUGAUCCCAAGAAGAAAAUGUUAUGGUACCUGCUUCAUUCACUUGCUGUCUUCUUGUAGAGCCUUGGAUUAUGUUCUCAUUAGUAUGGAUACAACUUUUGUAGUUUGACUCAAUUUUGGAUGGUUUACAUUGAUUAUGAGUGAUGUUGUGAUUUCUCUCUUUGAAUCUAUAUUUUUAUUCAUGAUA